AUGUCGACACCACUGCAUCGCGUGGUCGUUUGGGAGCAUGAGAUGGCAGAUCAGUGCACCUGGCUGCCAUACAGUCCCUCCGUAACCCAGCUGCUGGAACGAGCGUAUACGAAGAAUCUCACACGUGUGCUCCUGAAAGAUGCGGACCCUGCCUUAGCACUCUAUGAAGUUGACUUGGUACAGAUGGUGCAAACGCAGCACGGCACGGUUAGCUUGCGUAAUAAAAGUGUCCGGCGAUGUCUCUAUCCACCCAACUCACCCGCCGCAAUGGGAAUCAAAUGGGAAUGGUAUGGUGCUAACCCGAAGAUAGCAUGGCAUCGUUAUCCGCUCGACAUCCAGUCGCUGAUUGAGCAAGCGUGGGCUAAAGGUGAAACAUUGCUCGAUUUAAACAGCACAUUGUUAAAAAAACCGAUACUGAUCGAUUUAACUAGCAUGAACCAGACCGUAAGCGGUUGGCGGAACCCUAUUGUCACGCCGAUACGGCGUAAAAAUCAAGCACCUUAUCCGUUGCUAAAAGUCACUCUUCCAACGGAUACCAUCACAAGCAUGAGUCAAAAUAAUGCCCAUGGUAGUUCUGCUCGAAGUAGCAAUAUGGCAGGCGGUACCUCUAACCAACAAGCAGCCAAUUCCGGUGGUCAACAACAUUCCGGCAAAUUGACACAAAUACUAAGCAACAUCUUUGGCAGCAAAUCAAAUGCACAAGCGAAUGAGUGUGUACAACAGCAGCAGCAAGAGCAUCAGCAAGCACAAUCUCACGGGUCAAAGGCUAACUCGGGACCUUCAGGCAUGAAUCAGGUCACACCGUCAUCCAGCAGCCAAAAGAUUCAUCUGAAUACACAACAACCAGCCCAACGGAAUCGGUACGCUUUCGCUUCCGGUCGUUCGUAUCAGCACCAAAGUAUUAUUACCACUGACACGCCAGAACCAACACGUGCCCCGCAACCGGAACAAUCGAAAUCUUCAAAUCGACAUCAGUUUGUGGACAUCAGACAUGGAGGUGGGGGCGGUGGUAGUAAUGAUGCCGCAAGCAGCCAUAAAGCUCGACGCCCAAGCGUGGACACUGUCUCAACCUACCUGAGUCAUGAAAGCCAAACGAGCAGUCGACACCAUCUUGAUUCCUGGGAGUUUGAUAUGCUCAACAGCUCCAUGGGUAGUGAUGAGGUUUUUAUGCCAAGCACUUUCGGUCCAUCGACGGACCAACACUCUCUACGCCGCCACCCGAUAGUGGCCCCUACCGAGGACAGUUCGUCACUGCCAGACGAUCUUUUGCAGCAUAGUAAGCCUGAUGCCCGAUACCAACCGUCGACACCCGAGUCAUUUCCAGCACUGCUGUCGCUAAUGAAUGACAAUGGUAAUGGGUUAGUCGUCAUGGCCGUAACAAGAGAGUCAAAGGCGAUAGCGAAGUACGUCCAGGUAGCUGAUCCACCACGGUGGCCCCGUGCCCAACCGUGCCCGAUGUGUAUGGAAGAAUUGCGUCCCGGUAGUCAGAAAGUAAAUGUGGCACUUUCCCGAUGUAAGCAUCAGAUGCACCUGGACUGUUUGAAUCUAUUGUUGACUAAGCAGCGGCGUUUAGCCACCUCACAGAAGAAUUACUAUAUCGAAUGUCCAACAUGCAUGUCGGUAUACGGGGUGAAGAUUGGCAACCAACCACCCGGAACGAUGACCUAUCAGCUACUGUCCGGUGGAUUGCCCGGUUACCCACCGACUGGGAUAUAUGAAAUAACCUACAAUAUCACCUCCGGCAUACAAGGACCAUACCAUCCCAAUCCGGGCGCCGCCUUCUUUGCGGUAGGCUUUCCCCGUAGAUGCUACCUGCCGAACACACUGCUCGGUACAAAAAUCUUAUACUAUCUCGAUGUGGCAUUUCGGCGCGGUCUGCUCUUUACCAUCGGUCGCUCGGUAACUACCGGCGUGGAGGAUGUAGUAAUGUGGACCAGCAUCGAACACAAGUCACAGGUCUCAAUGUAUCCGGAUCCGCUCUACCUUGAUCGCUGUUUGCAGCAACUUGUACAUCUCGGUGUAACCGAUUGAGACA